AUGGCUUCACAAGGAACCAAUGGUGUCGCCAAUGGCACGAAUGGCACCCAUGCCAAUGGCAGCACUGCUCAAGCACCUCCUCACAACAAACUCCUCGACGUCGCAUCUCGCACGCCCGGCCGCCAACCCUCACCUCAACCAACCCGUCUGAGCGUUCCCGGCGGGAUCCCACAUCGCGUCCUCCCCGAAGCCGGCUCCGGCUAUGUCGCACCCAAGUUCGAGGGCAAAGCCCAACAAAUGGAAGAAGUCAUGGAUCAAGUCGAAGAGAAGGGUUUCAUUCCCGCAGAUCUCGUGGAGGCGGAGACGAAGUGGUUCUACGAUGAGUUGGGCAUCGACGACAUGUACUUCAGCACGGAGACCGCGGAUGCCAUUGUGAGCCACAUUCACUCGCUAUAUGCGGCAAAAGUCGCGGCGUAUGCGAGAGACGACAAGAAGUUGGAGAUUCGGCUGGACAAAGAGGCGGCAGAUCAUGCGGUGUACAUCGAUACCAGCAUGCCUGGUGUGAGCACGCAGAAUGGCUCGGACUUCGAGACGAGACUCGAGACGAAGUAUCUGGAUGGCAGUCGUGGAUCGAACAGCUACCGCGUAGAGUCAUUUCGCUCACCGAGCAAAAUCCCUGGCGGCAGCGAGCAGAGUCUGAGGUGUUACUUUGUGUACCAGGCGACGUUCAAGAAUCAGAACCCUCGCGCGGAUGAGACGAGGGUGGAAGAGCUGGGUGAUGAGCGUUUCCUGCAGAAAGUGACGGAGAACACCAGACAGAUCUACCAGAGUGUCAUGGAUACUGCGAUGGGUCGCACCGGACCAGUCAUUGACAUGUAUGAUGUCGAGGGCACGCGGGAGAAGCGCUUGGUGGUUGGCUUCAAGCAGGGUUCGGCCAUGGGCAUGUUCGCUGCUCUGUCGGAUCUCUACCACUAUUAUGGGUUGACGUCCUCGCGGAAGUACGUCGAGCAGUUCAGCAACGGCAUCACCAUCAUGUCCAUCUACCUACGCCCUUCACCAAAUGCGGCCAUUGCUUCCAAGCACCCACCCAUCGAGGCCAGCAUCCACCAGAUCAUGAAGGAGGUCUCCCUGCUAUACUGCAUCCCUCUAAACAGACUGCAAAGUCAUUUCAGCAGCGGACGUCUGUCUCUCCAGGAGUCCAUCUAUGCUCAUUGCGUGUGGGUGUUCGUGCAGCACUUCCUCAACCGUCUCGGAAACGAGUACAACACUCUUCGCUCGGUACUCGACCCCAACAACAGCGUGCAUGCAGAGCUGCUUAACAAGCUCAAGAAGAGACUGCGUACCGAGACAUUCACUGCGGAUUACAUUCUCGAAAUCAUCAACCUUUACCCAGAUCUCAUCCGAUCGCUGUACCUGGCUUUUGCGAGCACUCAUUACGUGCAGACUCGCGGAGAGCAGGACGACUUCCUUCCCACUCUUUCCUACCUCCGCAUGAAGGUCGACCGCGUCCUGACCGAUGCCGAGCUCAAGGACAUGAUUACCAAGUCUGUCAUCAACGAGCACCACGAGAUGGUCAUGACGGCCUUCCGCGUGUUCAACAGCGCAGUGUUGAAGACCAACUUCUACACUCCCACCAAGGUCGCGCUCAGCUUCCGCCUCAAUCCUUCCUUCCUGCCAUCCGAGGAGUACCCUCAGCCAUUGUAUGGGAUGUUCCUAGUCAUCAGCUCGGAGUUCCGCGGCUUCCACCUUCGUUUCAGAGACAUCGCACGUGGAGGCAUUCGAAUUGUCAAGUCGAGAAGCAGCGAGGCCUACGCCAUCAAUGCUCGCUCGCUGUUCGAUGAGAACUACAAUCUUGCCAACACACAGCAGCGGAAAAACAAGGACAUUCCCGAAGGUGGUAGCAAGGGUGUCGUCUUACUCGACGUGCAGCACCAGGACAAAACGACGGUGGCGUUUGAGAAGUACAUUGACAGCAUUAUGGACCUGCUCCUGCCACCUACCAGCCCAGGUAUCAAGGAUCCAAUUGUUGACUUGCACGGAAAGGAGGAGAUCCUCUUCAUGGGUCCGGACGAGAACACCGCCGAUUUGGUCAAUUGGGCCACUGAACACGCCCGCGCUCGCGGUGCGCCAUGGUGGAAGUCGUUCUUCACUGGCAAGUCGCCCAAACUAGGCGGUAUCCCUCACGACGCAUAUGGCAUGACCACCCUGUCCGUCCGCGAGUACGUCAAAGGUAUCUACCGCAAACUCGACCUCGACGAGACUCAAGUCCGCAAACUCCAAACCGGUGGUCCAGACGGCGAUCUCGGCUCGAACGAGAUCCUGCUCGGUCGUGAGAAGUACUGCGCCAUCGUCGACGGCUCAGGAGUGCUCUAUGACCCUAACGGUCUCGACCGCACCGAACUUCUCCGCCUCGCCAAGGAGCGCAAAAUGAUCGUCCACUUCGACACCACCCGCCUCUCCCCUCAAGCGUACCGUGUGCUCGUUGAGGACAACAACAUCACUCUCCCGUCCGGCGAAGUCGUCAACAACGGCACCGCCUUCCGUAACACGUUCCAUCUCCGCUCAGCCGAGAAGUUUGACUGUUUCGUCCCCUGUGGCGGUCGUCCGGAGUCGAUCGACUUCACCUCCGCGAGCAAACUCAUUGCCAAUGGCAAAGCCAUCAUUCCUUACAUCGUCGAGGGCGCCAAUCUGUUCAUUACGCAGGAAGCCAAGCUCCGCCUGGAGAAAGCCGGCUGCAUCGUGUUCAAAGACGCUUCGGCCAACAAGGGCGGUGUCACAUCCUCUUCCCUCGAAGUUCUGGCAAGCUUAUCCUUCGACGACGCCUCCUUCCUCGAGAACAUGUGCGUCCACGCGGAUGGGACAGUGCCAGCUUUCUACCAAGCGUAUGUCAAGCAAGUCCAGGCGAAAAUCCAGGACAACGCACGUUUAGAGUUUGAGGCCAUCUGGCGCGAACAUGAGGUGUCGGGAGUGGCGAGAAGUGUGUUGAGUGAUCAGUUGAGUCUGGCCAUUACGAAGAUGGACGAGGAGUUGCAGGGUACCGCAUUGUGGGAGAAUGUGGCGUUGAGGAAGAGUGUGUUGGGGGAUGCGUUGCCGCAAUUGUUGUUGGAGGAGAUUGGUCUGGAUAAGAUUCUCGAAAGGGUCCCGGAGAACUACCUCCGCGCCAUUUUUGGAAGCUUUUUGGCCAGUCGGUUCAUUUAUACGAUGGGCAUCUCGGCGAGUCCGGUGAGCUUUUUCGCGUUUAUGAAUCAGAGGAUGAUCAAGUUGGCGGCGACGAAUGGGACUUCUUGAAGAGGCAAGCAAGAGUGUGUGAGAACUGAUCUGGCAUGGAUUGGAUUGCAUAAGGCGGUUCUGAAGGGAGGGGAAAAGUUUGGGGGAAACGGUGAAGAGUGAAGAUGGAUGGAUUGGAUUGGAUUGAGGAUAUGCUGUAUGCUGAUAGCCUUGAGGCCGCUACAUUGCAUGCUGCUACAUGCUACAUUAGCAUCGAAGAGGGAAAGAGUAGACCAAGCUCUGAUAUGGCAUGGCAUGGCAUGUAUGUCGCCUUUGCCUGCCCCUUCCCGGCAUGAUACAUUGCAUUAUAUGCAUGUGGAUAUUGGGGUAGACGGGAAGUAGUCUAGAAUACGAUGCCAUACGAUAGACGCGGUUCGAAUG